AUGGCCUGGCAGUCGCCUUCGGCCAUGAACGGCGGCGGUGCCAAUGGAGGGGGUGACGGCAAUGCGCCCGCGGGGACAGAGUACACAUUGCAGGGUGUUAUGCGAUUUCUACAGCUGGAAUGGCACAACCAUGAACGAGCACGCAAUGCAUGGGACAUCGAGCGCGCCGAGAUGAAGGCCAAGAUCGCGAAACAGGAGGGCGAGGUGCGGAGCGCGAAGAAGCUGAAUGACCAGCUAAACAAGCAUAUUCGGAUGCUGGAGCAGGCACUUACCAACGAGAGAAAGAAGAAGAGCGAGGCAGCAGGAGGCGACUCUGAGGCCGGAGCAGAUGACAAGAAGGACCUCAAGGGCAAGAAGGGUGGCGUGAAUUCCACCAAGCCCCAAAACAAGAAGCACAACUCUUUCCUCGACGUCGACUCGGAGUUCUUUGACCGCGCAGAAGCCGACCGCGAGAACCUCAGAGAGAAAUCCAAGCUCUACCUUACCAAAUGCGUCGAAGAAAUCACAUACCUCCUUACUCCGCCCCCGCAAGCCUCGCAACAACAACAGAACCUACAGCCGCUUGCUAAUGGCAACGGCUACUUGAACCACGGCGAGGCCUCGAUGGAAGAUAUCUACCUACAACAACACCGCCAGAGGCUGCAGUCACAACUCCCAACCAUGCCAGGCACGUCCAUGCCUACUCACCAGCCCCCGAACGUGCCAGUCCCUUCUGAACUUCAAAGCUUAGCCAACCAGCAUCAAAUCCACCACGCGCCACAAAUGACACGAGAACCCUCACAGCAACAACCCCUUGCGCAGAACGCUAGUAUGGCUCAGGAACUUCUCGGACAGCAACGUCAGCCCCAGAAUCAGCAGCAUUAUUCGUCGGUACCCGAAGAGCAGGUCGAAAAGGUGACACAUGCGUUCGAUAGCGAAGGACGCCAAAUACCAAUUGCUGAGGAAAACGCUUCGGAUCCAAGCCAGGCUGCCAACCAGGAGAAAGAGACAGAUGAUUGGAUUUUCGACCCCGCAUCGGAGACAGCUCAGGAGGGCCCACCCAGACGGCCAGACACCGAAGAAUUUCCAUCGGCGAAUAGCAUCCCAGCAAAAUCGCCACCACGCCCUGUAAAGAGGGCCAGCAAAGACCACGUCAGACGACUGAGUAAUGAUCAGAAAGCUCAACAAGCAGUAGCCCAGCAAGCAGCGAAGACUGACCCGCAAAGUUUCAAAGUCCGAUUUGCACUUCGCGGCCAUCUCGAUGUGGUACGAUCAGUCAUUUUCACUGGUGGUGGCAGCCCCAGUGAGCCAGAGAUUUGCACAGCGGGAGAUGACGGCAUGAUCAAAAGAUGGAUGAUACCCGCAAGUUAUGCAAACCAGCACAGCAUGAACAAUGAUCUAGACAUUCAGCCAUUCUGGUCACAUCGGGGUCAUGAAGGUACUGUGACAUCUUUAGCAGCCUGCCCUGCUUCUGCUCAUUUUGCCACCGGAGGAAGGGUCUCUGGCGAUGGCUGGAUAUUUUCGGGUGGUCAGGAUGCCACGAUCCGCGUAUGGGAACGAGGCCGAGUUGACCCAAAGGCCACCCUUGAAGGGCACACCGAUGCCGUCUGGACUGUAUGCGUUCUCCCUACCACCUGUGCUAAUCUGUUCGGCUCCGAUAGCAGCAAGUACGGAGGACCAGACCGUGUCAUACUCGCUUCCGGAUCUGCAGACGGUACUAUCAAGAUCUGGGCUGUAAGUGCGCCGCCUCAACUGGUCUCACCGCAGACAAACUCUCGUCGUGGUGUUGGAGGCAGCCGGAGACACUCGGUCACAUCUGGAUCGAACCACCCGUCUUCACCGCAGCCCAGCAUCGCUACCACGACACCAUUUCAUUACAUGUUAAUACAUACCAUCGAGCGUGACACGCACCCUUCGCCUACGUGCAUCAGCCCGCUUUCCCCUACUGGAGAGAACUUUGUUGUCUCCUUCUCUGACGCAUCAAUCUUGGUGUAUGACACGAGGACCGGCGAGGAGCUGAUCGGUAUGGCCAGUAACGAAUCUUACGAUGGAACCCCAGCGACUGGUAUCACAUCAGUUGUGACAAGCUCGCAGUAUCUCGAAAGUGCGUCACAGGAGGCUGGCCGAGGCGGUUCAGAUGAGGAAGGCAUACAUGGCCCGACUGGCUCUGCUAACGGCGGCCUGGAGGGUGUUAUAAUUAGUGGGCACGAAGACCAUCUCAUCAGGUUCUUCGAUGCCAACUCUGCUAUUUCUUCGUUAUCACUCAGCAAGGACGGCCGAGAAGCCGUAUCUGCUGGACAUGACGCCUCUAUCCGAUUCUGGUCACUCGACAAGCGCAUAUGCACACAAGAAAUCACCGCACACCGCAUCAUGCGCGGUGAAGGUGUGUGCAGCGUUGUCUGGAGCCAGGAUGGUCGUCUCGUCGUCUCAGCAGGCGGUGAUGGCAUAGUCAAGCUAGUCGCUCUACCGCAGAGCAUACAGUCUGCAAAAGACUUGUACGACCUGCGCGCCAAGUACAAAGAUGCUUCGGUCCUUAUUACCGCCAUAUACUCCGAAUCUAUGGUCAUCGCAGCGUCCCUGUCCCAAGUCCAAAAUCUCCUGCAACAUGACGCAUUACGAGAGAAACCCCAAUUACUCGAGACGUUCGAUCGCGCGCUCACGGGAUGUCGAGUCGUGUACGGAUGUCUCGAGGAGGAAGUAAGAGAGCUGCGAAUAAAAGCGGAAAACGACGAACUGAAGUUCAAGGACCGAGCGAGGUUUCUUUGGAAGGAAGACACGUUCAAAGAGCUGCUCACGCAGAUCCGCGGCCAGCAAUCUGCGCUCAGUCUCCUUAUACAAGGAUUGCAAAUGGAGUCGAUUGUGGACAUCAAGAAGCUGGUUGAAGACAACAGCGUUACACUCGAUCAGGUUGUAAAACGGUCAAGGACUCUGCGCCAGUCGCACCCUCGUUUGAAGGUACCGGAGUCGCUAUUCAGUCAACAAAGCCUGGACGGUAAAGAUGUCGACGCAGAUUCUAUCGCGAAAGCUACCGAGUUCACUUUCGAUGACGAGGUCGUCAACUCGAAGGCUUAUCGUAGGGCUAUGGCAAUGGCGCUGUCUUCAAACAAUGGAGCGAUUGCACAAGAGAGCUCAGAUACUGAUGUUUUAGAAGACUACUCGACCGCUCUUGGAAGCAUGUCCCAGGGCGACGACAAAGAUAGGAGCGUUGAUCCUAUAGACCUUCCCCCACUAUCGUCAGAGGAAUGGAAGACUACGACUAGUGUCCCAGAGCCUGAAGCUGAAGCAGAACCAGAGAUAUCAUCUCAAGUCGCCACAAAAGAUGACCACGCAGAUUUGUUUGAUACUCUCGAGCGCGACAUACUUUCCUUCAUGCCUCAAACCUCAUCUGCAGCGCUUUGUUUGACUCCGAAUCAUACGGGUUCUGAAAACCCUUCUGCAAUACCGAGUCGAACUUGUCCUCUGACUCCAAGCCAUACGGGUUCUGAGAAUGCCUCUGCGUUGCCGGUCCAUUCUACCGACUCUUUAACUCCGGCGCCAUUGCGAUCGUUCAGUGGAGACAAAGCAAUAAACGACUCAGAAGCACCGCCUCCAUUACCUCCUCGUCGUCCGAGCGGGCAGCCUGUCGCAACGCCCAAAAUGCGUUCAGUGUCUUCUGAUGAUAGUAUAUUUUCCUCUGAUGCGCCAUCCAUCCUAUCAAAAGUGUCAACCGCAUCGACUUACACGGUGUAUGAAACUCCGCAGUUGAGCCCCAAUUCAACAGGGCAAUCGUCACGGAAGCCGCUGCCACUUGGGCACAGAUCCUCUUACAAUGCUUUAGGUAAUGUCGAGUUUGAUGUGAAUGAAGCUAAAGCACAGGGGACAUCAUUACUCCUGCAUAACAUCGAAAUGAACAGCAUCUGGAGAUCACUCGUGGACGCAGAGAGAAAGUUUGUCGACCGCAUGGUAAGACUCAAACGGAUGUUCUACGACAAUAUCAUAAGGCAAUGGCCAAUCAUCGAAAAACAUCUGAAUGCGAUUCUUGUUGGCGAACAACUUGCCACACUACAUCAACAAUGUCUGUUGCACACCAUGGAUCAAGAACUUGCUGGCAAUGGUAGUGCUCUCUGCAAUCCGUACAUCUUCGAAGUCUGGGUUGACAAAAGUCAACGACUAUAUCGAGAGUAUUGCCGUAAGAUGCCGCAUGCUUCCUCCUCACUCCGUACAACUCAAAACAUGGACCCGAAGUUCUCACCAUAUGUCAACACGCUCGGUCUCAGUAUCUCUUAUUUUGGCAAGAGUUGGCAGGACUAUCUGGAACUUCCCAUUAUACAGUUGCAGACUUAUGUCGAUAGCUUGGAAAGUCUCAUCAACAUCGCUGAAACGCUCCGCGAUCCGGCGGCGAGUAGUGAAGUUAUGCGCUUGAGACGCGCUCUGCAGGCCGUCACUUGGCUCAAGACGUUGACGCUGGCUUUGUUAGAGGAAGCGCAAGGCCGUGAAGACGUGCAGAACUUGGAGAAACGUAUUCGGACAGACACCAGUACGCUUUCGCAACUAUACCUACACGAUCCCAGCCGGCGCGUCGUGCAUCAAGGCGGCAUGGCGAUGAAGUUCAAGGGUCAAGGACCUUGGAUUCCAGUACAUGCCAUGCUUCUAGAUAACUACUUCUUCUGGGGAAGAGUUAAGAAGAGCAAGGGAGAUGAAGUGCUGGUAACAGACCCACCUAUUGCAAUUGCCGACAUGGGGUUCUUCCUUCCGGUAGACGCACACCAGUUCCAGAAAGCUACUAUGCUUGACCAAAUAGCAAGGGGCUCAGUCGUAUAUACUGUCACACUUACAAACAAUGCUCGAGACGGCAAGCCAGAUUUGUUGGGUCUGUACGACAUCCAAGACAGGAAAACCUGGACCGAUCAUUUCACGACAGCUCGGACCAAGUUUUACAGGUGA